GCUGACGGGAGGACAUGCAGGCUCGCUACUCCGUGUCCAGUCCCAACUCCCUGGGAGUGGUGCCGUACCUCGGCGGAGAGCAGAGCUACUACCGGGCCGCGGCGGCGGCGGCCGGCGGGGGCUACACGGCCAUGCCGGCCCCGAUGAGCAUGUACUCCCACCCGGCCCACGAGCAGUACCCGGCCGGCAUGGCCCGCGCCUACGGGCCCUACACGCCGCCGCCGCAGCCCAAGGAUAUGGUGAAGCCGCCGUACAGCUACAUCGCCCUCAUCACCAUGGCCAUCCAAAACGCGCCCGAUAAGAAGAUCACCUUGAACGGGAUCUACCAGUUCAUCAUGGAGCGGUUCCCUUUCUACCGGGACAACAAGCAGGGCUGGCAGAACAGCAUCCGCCACAACCUCUCCCUCAACGAGUGCUUCGUCAAGGUGCCCCGCGACGACAAGAAGCCCGGCAAGGGCAGCUACUGGACCCUGGACCCCGACUCCUACAACAUGUUCGAGAACGGCAGCUUCCUCCGCCGCCGCCGCCGCUUCAAGAAGAAAGACGCCGUCAAGGACAAGGAGGAGAAGGACCGCCUGCACCUCAAGGACCAUGCCCCGCCGCCGCCGCGCCCGCCGCCCGCCGCCGCCGCCGAGCCCGAGGGCGGCCCCGCCGGGGGCAGCGCGCCGCCGCCGCCGCCGCCCGUCCGCCUCCAGGACAUCAAGACGGAGAACGGCACGGCCUCGCCGCCGCAGGCCGGCUCCCCGCCCGGCGCCGCGCCGCCGCUCGCCGCCGGCGCCGUGCCCAAGAUCGAGAGCCCCGACAGCAGCAGCAGCCUCUCCAGCGGCGGCAGCCCCCGCAGCGCCCUCCCCGCCGCCCGCUCCCUCAGCCUGGAGGCGCCCGAGCCGCCGCCGCCGGCGCCGCCGCCGCCGCCGCCGCCGCAGCACCACCACCACGGCGGCCCGGGCUUCAGCGUGGACAACAUCAUGACCUCGCUGCGGGGCUCGCCGCAGGGCGCCGCCGAGCUGGGCGCCGGGCUGCUGGCCCCCGCGGCCGCCGCCCCGCGGACCGGCAUCCCGCCCGCCCUCUCGCUCAGCGGCUACUCGCCGGGCCACAGCUCCGUCUACAGCUCACCCUGCAGCCAGGCCGCCGGCAGCGCCGCCGCCGCCGCCGGGACCUACCACUGCAACAUGCAGGCCAUGAGCCUCUACGCGGCGGCGGGCGGCGCCGAGCGCCCGGGCCACCUGCCCGCCGCCGCCGCCGCCGCCGCCAGCCCCGCCGAGGAGCCGCUGCCCGACUACGCCAUGCCGGCGGGCGGCGCGGGCGGCGGCGCGGCGCUGGGCCACGGCGGGCUGGGCGGCGCGGCGGGCGGCCACCAGGAGGGGCACCACCCGCACGCGCACCCGCACCCGCACGCGCACCCGCACCCGCACGCGCACCCGCACGCGCACCCGCACCAGGGCCGCCUCGCCUCCUGGUACCUCAACCAGGCGGCGGCGGCGGCGGCGGCGGCGGCGGCGGCCGCGGGGGAGCUGGGCCCGCUGGCGGGCGCGGCGGGCUACGCGGCGCCGCAGCAGGGCUUCGCCGCGGCGCGGGAGGUCUUCGAGGCGCCGCGCCUGGGCCUCAGCGCCUCGCCCGGCGGCGGCGGCGGCGGCGGCGGCGGCGGCGGCGGCAGCGGCGGCGGCGGCGGCGCGGGGGGCGGCGGCGGCGCGGGCGGCGGCGGCGGCAGCUGUCAGAUGUCCUUCCCCGGCGGGCAGCCGCUCUACCGCGCCGCCGGCGCCUUCGUCUACGACUGCGGCAAGUUCUGAGCCCCGGCCCGGCACGGCCUGGCCCGGCACGGCACGGCACGGCCCCCCGCCGCCGCCAGCACCGGCACCGGCACCGCACCGCACCGCCUCCUCGUCCGCGGAGAGGGCGAGCGCACACUAAAACCUUUUGUACAGAGACAGCCCCAAAGCUUGUCUUGGUUUGUUAAAGGACAGUGUUACUCCAAUAACACUUGGAUCUUGCGGACCAAACGCCAGAAAGUGUUUCCCCCUUCCCUGAAAAGUGACGUUAAAAAUGACUGAAACGCUGAUUUUUUCACUUUAUAUAAAAAGGGAAACUGUAUUAAUCUUAUUCUAUCAAUAUUUUUCUCUUUUUUGUUGAAAAUAUUCUGAAGGUAUUGCAUUGUUUGUUUAUUAAUAAAUUACCAUUCAGUUGGAA